AUGUCUGUGGAACAAAGAUCUAAUGUACUUCAAAUCAAGUACAACGAGUACAAGCAGACUUUAGAAGAACUGCAAACCAAAAUAAUUGAGCUAGGCAAUGAUAAAGAGGAACACGAAAUUGUGCUUUCCACCCUGAAAACCACUGAAGAUACAAGGAAAUGCUACAGAAUGGUAGGGGGUGCUCUGGUGGAAACCGAUGUAGUAAGUACUAUUCCAAUAUUAGAGACCAAGAAAGAAAAGAUUUCAACUACUAUUUCAACUAUGAAAGCUGAGUUAAUAAAGAUAGCAAAUGAGUUCGAAAAAUGGAAGAAAGAUAAUAAGAUCCAAAUUCUCAGGCAAUAG